AGCAAGAUGAGGGUAGUUUGGAGCCCUGUAUAAGAGAAAGGUCGGGGCCACAGCUGAUUGCUGUGUCCCCACAGACCUGGGCCUCCUGCUGCCCACCAUGGCCAGAAGUGGAGAGGCCCUGCCACGAGGCAGCCCAGCACUGGUCCAGGAUCCCCAUCUCAUCAAGGUGACAGUGAAGACGCCCAAGGACAAGGAGGAUUUCUCAGUUACAGACACGUGCACCAUCCAGCAGCUGAAGGAAGAGAUAUCCCAGCGCUUUAAGGCCCACCCUGAUCAGCUGAUCCUAAUCUUUGCUGGCAAAAUCCUCAAGGACCCUGACUCACUGGCACAGUGUGGGGUCCGAGAUGGCCUCACUGUCCACCUGGUCAUCAAGAUGCAGCGUCGCACCAUGGGCACUGAGUGCCCAGCUGCAUCAGUCCCUACCCCAGCCCCAAGCCCUGGAUCACUCCCUCAGUCAGGCUCCAUUUACUCAGCAGAUGGGCCACCCGCCUUUAGCUUAGGGGUCCUCAGAGGCCUCAGUGGUCUAGGCCUGACCUCUGGUCGUUUCCCCGACCAGCCAAGCUCACUGAUGUGGCAGCAUGUAUCUAUGCCUGAGUUUAUGGUUCAGAUCAUUGAUGAUCCCUUCAUCCAGGGUCUGCUGUCCAGCACAGGCCUGGUAUGCCAGCUAGUUCUUGACAACCCCCAUAUGCAGCAGCUGAUCCAGAACAACCCUGAGAUUGGGCACGUUCUCAACAACCCUGAAAUCAUGCGGCAGACACUGGAGUUUCUACACAACCCUGCCACAAUGCAAGAGAUGAUGCGUAGCCAGGACCGGGCACUCAGCAACCUGGAGAGCAUCCCUGGUGGCUACAAUGUGCUCCGUACCAUGUAUACAGAUAUUAUGGACCCUAUGCUUAAUGCAGUCCAGGAGCAGUUUGGUGGCAAUCCCUUUGCUACCACCGCUACCGCUAACGCGACCACCAGCAGCAGCCAACCUUCGAGGACGGAGAAUUGUGACCCUCUCCCCAACCCCUGGGCUUCCACAUAUGCAGGCUCAGCUGGCAGAAGAGGCAGGAGGCCUGGGGACCAGGAUGUAUCUGAACUCAGAAAUAGGGUUUCCAACAUUCUAGGUAAUAGAGGGCUCUAUGACUAUCUCCAACAAUUACAUGAAACCCCUCUGUCCCUGGCAACCUAUCUGCAGGGGAUGGCAUCUACUCUCAGCCCAAGCCAAGGACCACGACCGCCACCAGGAAGCCAAGUUCCCCCAACUUCACCCUCAUCCCAGGAACCUAAGUCAGGCCAGCCUCUCCCCAAGGAGUCAGUAGCAAUCAAGGGGAUCCCCUCCUGCCCAGCAUUCCUGAGAUAUCCCACAGAGAACAGUGCUCGAAAAGACGGAGGCCAAAAUGGUGCAGGGAAUGGCUCUGCUGGCCACAGCACCAACGUGCCUGAUCGCGUCUCUGGGCUGGGGCAUGAUGCCAACAGGGCCCCAUUUUUUCCUUCCCCAUCAUCGCCCACGACAGCGACCGCUGGAAUCCCUGAGCAUGUCUGGCUGCCGCCAACAGCUUAUCCGUGGUCUCUGAGGCUAGCCAGCAUGAAUCAGGCCCCCCAGGGGCAGGACGAGACACACUGGCAGCCGCCACUGCUGCCGCACCUUCAGGUAGCCAUGGCAAACCCUCGUGCCGUGCGUGCCCUGCAGCAGGUCGAGCAGGGUCUGCAGGUCCUGGCUGCUGAAGCCCCUCGCCUCCUCCUCUGGUUCAUGCCCUGCCUAGCAGGGCUGGGAAGUGUGGCAGGAGGUAUAGAGCCUCGAGGGUGUGCCCUUAUGCCUGAGGACUCCCCUCCAGCCCCAGCUCCUGAGGUUCCCUCAGCACAGGGCUCUGUGGAGCAGGGCCUCCAUUGCACACCCUUCCUCCAGGUGUUGCGAGCCCUAGCUGGCGCCAACCCCCAGCAGCUACAGCCCGAGGCUCACUUCCGGGCACAGCUGGAGCAACUGCGGGCCAUGGGCUUUCUGAAUCCCGAAGCCAAUCUCCAGGCUCUCAUCGCCACAGCGGGGGAUGUGGAUGCUGCUGUGGAGAAGCUGAGGCAGUUGUAGGAGCCCUAGUUGUUCAGACCAUAUCUUUCCCUCUGUGCCUUUUCCCCCACAUCCCUCUACCCUACUCCCCCAUUCUUGAAUGCAGCUGCACUAUCAACCAAAUUUACUAUGAUGCUCUUUACUGCGGAGACAAUGUUGUUCCAGAGUCAGUGAGGAAGAAUGAGAGCCAGGGUGGGGGUGCCGUGAGUGAUCCAACCACCCCUGCCAUACCAUCGUGAGGCGCCAGUCUGAGCUCUACUAUUGCCUAUCUUGAGAUGCAAUUACAUCAAAUCUCCAGUGUCA